UGUUUUGGUUUGUUUUAGUGUGGGGUAAAGAAGGGUAGGGUUUUGUCUGAUCCAUAUUCCGGAGCAGAAGGUGGCGGUAAUGCACCUAUAAGAUGGUUGCCAACCGCCGUAAAACAACAACAAAAAGAAGAAGAAGAAGAAGCUAACGUUUUUAGGCGUAUUACGGUAAUGUGAGACUCGCUGGCCCUGGUGUAGCUAACGCUUCUUAGGCCCAUUACGGUAGCCUGUGACUCGCUGGACCCGAUAUUGUAUUGCAUGUUAGUUCUUAUUAAGGCUCGCUCGCACUUGGGCGACGUUUUGUCGCAAUGUUGUUGUCGUCUUCGGACUGCUAGCGGCUUGAGAAUUGUUGUUUUUGCACAGAGAAAUCCGCCCUGUGAGCGAGGCCGCAGCCCGUUAGCUUGAUGCUAGCCGGCUGAACCCCUGGUCUCUGCAUUGUCUCCUUCUGCUAGUCGACCAUUCAUCACUACGAAUCUGUUUGACAGCCAUCAUGGAGUUUCCUUUUGACAUUAACCAGUUAUUCUCCGAGAGGGUCUCCAUCCUGGACCAGACCCUCAUUGCAGGUCGAACAUCAUCAGGAAUGCCACAACUUCAAGCCCACAUAGCCACGGUUAUCGAUGAACUCGGGAGAGCCUCCGCAAAGGCCCAGCAGCUCCCAGCAUCCAUAACCAGUGCCUCCAAGUUGCGGUCUCAGAGGCAUCAGCUGUACUUGCUGAAGGACGGAGAGAGCAACGGAGGACACGGUGUGGCUGUGGGAUUUCUCAAGGUUGGCUACAAGAAGUUAUUUCUGCUUGACCGACAGGGUGUCCACAUAGAAGCCGAGCCACUGUGUGUUCUGGAUUUCUACAUCGCAGAGGGCGUUCAGCGGCACGGCUACGGACUGGAGCUGUUUGAUUUCAUGUUGCAGCACAAGAAUUUAGAGCCAGUUGUGAUGGCCUACGACCGGCCUUCUCCCAAGUUCCUGUCUUUCCUGGCGAAGCAUUACUGCUUGACACCAAGUGUUCCCCAGGCCAACAACUUUGUGGUGUUUGAAGGCUUCUUCCUCAACAGACCAGGCGGGCCCUCCUCUCCUCUGAUGGAUCAGGGCCUCUCCGGCUGUUUCGGCCCAGCUGAGAAAGGUUCCCCUCAGAAAGCCGGACGGAGAAAUCAAACCGUACUCUUUAAUGGAGAGAGAAGUGGUGCUUCGGGAGCAGUUGGCUCGUCCCUGGCCAUUCGCUCCUCCUCACUCCCCCCAGCGGUCGGUAUCCUCCCGGUGCUCCCACUCCCUCAGCGUGGGAUCUUCCCCCAGCAGGGGCCUCCCCCGUACCUCCCCGGCCCCGGCCUCUGGGGGCAGCAGGGACCCGAGUCCACAGUCCCCUCUCAUCGAGCGCUGCAGAGCAAGACGCAGCAGCACACUGGGUCUGGUUGCCAGGAGCAGCCUGUACAGUCGGCACAUGGACAGCAGAGCUGCUGGACUGCUGGACAGACCCCUACCAGGUCUCAGCCUCUCUCACUUCCACCUCCUUAUGCCUCCAAGAAGGAAGGCCUCCACAGGAAGACCUCCCAUGGUGACAUGGUGCUGAGGGGGAGUACAUGGUGGUGGCCUGUCCUCAGCGUCCAGAACCAGGCAUGCUGAUCCGCCAGAGACACCCGUUGGAGAAGGAGAGCGACGGAGGCAUGUGCGGCUGGUCCUGGGCUGUAGGAGAGAACUGCUACACCUCCCAGUGGGUGAAACAGAAGCAGGAACACAGGAGCUCCCGCCCCUGGUGAUCAGGAGCCAGUUCUUUUAGUCAAAUGCUAAAAUAUUAACUGUGUAUGGUUUUCUGGAGCGAGUCAUUGUCAUCAGAACACAAAUAUGUGCUGAAGCACAAACGGUGUUCAGGAGCACCGAUGGGAUGAACUUUCAAACUCCUAAAACCAAGAACUACACGAGGCAAUUAGACACUGGCCCUCCUGUAGCUGAGUGGUGACUGUCCACAGUGAGGUUCCUUAAUAGCCUAUAAAGGAUGUGCUCAUUAGUGAAGAUUGUAUUGCUGAAGCAAAUAAGACACACCCUCUUUAAGCCUGAUAACUGAUCCUAAACUUGAACCUUCUCUUAGGUUUAAUUUCCAUUUCUAACAAAUGCCUCCAUCCUUUUUGGUGAAUACAGCAACAUUUAAAGUCUUUCGGAAAGUGUGACACAUGUAAGGACCUCGAACGUCUGGGCAGUUCUGACACCUUUAACCGGUGCAACAGUGUUUUUUGCGCUUUUGGAUUCUUCACUUAGGAUAAAGCUGAGCCACUAAUCUAAAGUAGUAGGAGUCACAAGUAGCCUGUGUGUGCAACACACACAUAGUAUUGGAAAAUUACAGUAUCACACUUUGCACUCCAUAGUAGACUCCAAUCUAACCAGGCUGCUUUGAUAGUACUCAUCCCCGCUGGUCUUUGGAUUCCUACAAAUUUGCCUCAGAGGGCUUUACAGGAUGUACACAUACAACAUCUCCUUCUAGAAACUCUCAGAUCGGCACAGGAAAACCUCCCCAAAAAAGGAAAUGAUGAUAGCAGCAGCGCCAUUGCAGGAGGCAGGAACAGGGUCCAGAUAGAACCAUGAUCCAUGGAAACAUGUGAGGCGAGAAAGCACAAAUAGAAAGAAACUAAGUUAGUGAUGCACAUUACUUUUACAGUAAUAGAAAAAGGAAUAUCAAUGGUGUUAGAAGCGUUAGGUUAGAAUGGCUAGGCAGGAGUCAGGACCAGGGUCCAGACGGAACUACAGCUCCAGGCCAGGCUAACAGCCAGCCAGACUGAGAUUAAUCCUCGAGUCUCAGGUGUAAAAUCAACUGCCGCUCUGAUCCCAAACAAACGUGUUUAACAGUUAUUCCGUUGUCUCGGAUUUAUUUUUAUUAACAUGCAUUAUUUGUCACUAUUGCUGUCACGAGUUUGGUUUUAAACCCUAUAUUGCAGUAGGGUCCCAUUCACCUAUGUGCUCGUUUCUAAACCACGUGUUGGAUGAAGAAGCUCUGAUAUUGAGACGUGCUUUCAGACAUUAGAGUGUGUUCGGGGACAGAUUAGAUCCUUUUGCUUUUCGCGACGAGUACCUUCAGGAGAGGUAUAUUUACUGGAGAUGGAAUCAGUUCUUUGUGCAGACUGCACCGCACAGCGCGAAACCAUGUCACCGAUGCUCUGUAUGGCACUGCGCUUUUUUGCAAACUGCAUGUUUUUAUAUGCCGAAACUGUAAAUAAAGGCACUAUUUGCUGUUCUGUUAGAAGUGUGUG